UUCCGCCAUCCGCCGCCCUCCGUGCUGGACCGAACCAGGCGGGGAAGGCGGCUGGACAUAGGAGGUCCCUCAGGGAGCCGGGCCCUGUGUCUCGGAGGGCUUUCCAGGCGAUGACCGGCCCAGGGAAACGCCCCGCGCCCCCGCCCUCCGGGGCCGAAGCUUCUGGGUGGUCUUCAGGGCGGCCCCAGGCAGACCGGGUUGCAGUAGUCAAGCCGCGAGGCAUGAUAAUCUAGUCGUGAGGUGACUGGUAGGAGGGACUGCCUGAUGGCCUCCCGAUCCAGGAAAGGGCGGCGUCCAGGUAUCUUUUGUGGCCAAAGAUAUACUUGAGCUAUCUGCUAAGCUAUUAUUGUUGGGUUCAGUGUGGACCCACUUGGUUCGGAUGUGUACUUUACUAACUCCUUUCAGCUAAAUUUGACAUCAAAAUAACAAUUGUAUUUAUAUUUAUUAAAUUUAUAUGCUGCCCAACUCCCAGCAGCUCUGGGUGGUUUACAAAAAGUAAAAAUAAGAAAACAACCUACAAAAGAGCAAAAAUGGCAAAGAUAACUAACCCCAAUAGAACAAGGAAAAGAAGAAAAGGGGCAUCAAUCCCACCCUCCAAUGGCCUGGGUGAAGAGCUGGGUCUUCAGGGCCCUUUGAAACACCAGUGGUGGGGGCUGUUUGAAUCUCAGGGGGAGCCACAUGCCAGAGGGCAGGUGCUGCUACAAAGGAGGUGCACUUUUGAGGUCUCAAAAGAUGGCAUUGUUUAAUCAAAGGAACCCGGAAGGUGCCAAUCCUGCCAGAUUGGCUCAACUGGGCAGAUACGUAUGUGUAUUAUUGUGUGUAUCAGAUAUCAUAUGUUACAUUUCCAAACAGUAUUGGUUUGGUUUCUUUAUGCCUGAACAACUUUUGAGGUAUUAGUUUGUAGAACUCAGAAUAUUUCUGUAGAAUUGAUUUUUAUAGUAUUGAGAUAAAAUAUCUCAGCAAUUUUACCACCAGUAUAUGUAAUUUUAUAUGCACAGCCUGAAUGUAGGUUAAAUGUAAGAUCCUCAUGGCUUGAAUGGAAUUGACUCUUGUAGCUUUUAUGACAGAUAGACAUGCUGCUUUGAUGUUACAUGAGUUCUAAGAGGAUUAAGGUUUUUUUCACUGCAUUGUAUCAUGGAAACUAAACUAGCUGGAAGAAUAGAAUUGUACACUGAGAACAUCUAAUGAUUUACUGGCAUUGUUUGGCAUUUUAUAUAUUUACUGAGUUUCAAGAAAUGAAAAUUUCUUGACAAACAUUUUGACAGGUUUGGAUUAGUGAUAAUUAGUUGGUUAGAAAAGGGAUGUUGGAGGGCUUUGGAAGUGGUUUCUUUCUGCUGUCUCAUCCCUUUUUUUCAGAUGAGUUUCCUCUGCUUCCUGGCACAGCCGUGCUGAAUCUUCCAGUGCUCUGGAGUCUUGCUGUGCACUCACACGAUAGCAGAGAGAAUCACUACUCUCUAAGAGGCACACAAGAAAGCGCCAUGGAGCCUUGAGAAAAACCUGUUCAGGUUUACUGCAUCUUAACAGAAUGAAAAGGACAAAGUGCUUUGUUUUAUUUGUUAACAUUAGACAUUUUACAGAAUAACAGUGGUUUUAUUUACAGUUCCAGGUUCAAGCAUGGAGAAAAAGGAAAAGCCUCUUCCUAGGCUUAACAUUCAUUCUGCAUUCUGGAUAUUGGCAUCGAUAGCUCUUACAUACUACAUUGAAUUUUUUAAAACUGUUAAGGAAAUUAUUCAAAAAGAAAGUGGAUGGUUUGUCCUUGGCAGCUGUUUAUUAGUUGUCAGUCUGUCGGUGGCCUUUUUCUGCAUCAUAUACCUUGAAUGGUAUCAUGGAAUUGCAGACUAUGAAACUAGCUAUCCUACUCUCAUUCCCAUCACAACUGCUAGCUUUAUUGCUGCAGCAGUUUGUUUUAACAUUUCCUUGUGGCCGGUGUGGUCAUUUCUUACGCCUCUGGUGCUCUUCAUCCAGUUUAUGGGUAUAGUCAUGCUUGUGUCCCUCUUGGGCUAAAUCUUGCAUGGUUCUUCCAACUCUUGAUGUCAGAGUGAAUGGUCUGUAAUUCCCUGGAUUUGAUGAUUUUUCCCAGUUUGAAGUUUGGGGCAACACUUACUCUCUGCCACUUCAAUUUCAGAUAUAAGGGAUCAGCUAGACCAUCAUCAAGUUCCUUCAGUACCAUAGCUCAUCUGGCCCUGGAGAUUUAACUUACAAAGUACAUAGAAAUUCCCUGGCUAUGUUUCCGUCAUUUUCAAAUUUUACUCUUGCUCCUCAUUCUGUCCUUCACAAUUUCUUGCUGAGCAAAACUGAAGGACUUGCAUUCUAAAAAAGAUAACAAAAAACCUUGUUGAAACAAAAUACCAUUCAUUUGUUUGUAGGCUGAACUGCCAGCUGGCAGGAUUUGAAGAUCAAACCUGCAGAAGUAAUAAAAUUUGGACAGUCUAAAAUUUUAUCUUAGAUUUGAGCAAAGCAGUUGGACUAAAAUAUGGCUGUGGAAUUAAGUAGCACACUGUCAUAUUCUGUGAACUCUUUUUAAAAGUUUCAAGAUACUUAAAUCAGUACUGAUUGUACGCUGACAUUGAAACAGCAUUAUUGCAUUUGAAUUGAAGAAUUUAAAUUCUUCAUCUACAUGUUUUAUACAGAAUAGUGAACAUAUUUAGUAGGGACUAAGAUAGUCAGAAUGCUUGAAUCUCAUCUCUGCCAAAAAUGUAUUAGGUGACCUUAUUUAAAUCAAA